CUUUUCAGAUUUAUUGUUUGGAUUCUUUGAAACUUGUCUUCCUCUCUUCUUCUCUAUAGGACUUAAUUUGUUAUUUGAUAAGUUUAAUAUCAGAUACUUUCACUUUCAGCGCAGUAAUAUUUUAACACAUAACUUUACUGUAACUCGAGUCUUUAUCGUCGUUACGUUAAUCUGAAGAUGUCGGAACCUGCCUGUGGAGCUUGUAUCCGGUCGGAGAUGUGUUUCCGAACACACGGUCCCUCGCAGUAAAUCGUCCGGAGCUUUCAGUGUUUGUGCCGCGAAUCAGAUAAAUUAAAUUAAUUAAUUCAAACUGAAUGAGUUCAAAAAGGAAAUGAGCGACUCGUCACGUAAAAGAAGGAUGGAGCUUUCAACUUUACUUCAUGACCUUCAUCUCUCCCCCUCCUCAGAGAAGCCCCUCCCCUCUGCCUCUCUUCCUCCAAUCACAGAGCUCCUGUCUCAUAUGCAAGAGAAGCUGAUUGGUGUAUCCUCAGAGUCUGAAAAGAUCUCUCUGAUUGGUCACUUGGAGUGUCUGUUUCAAACUGCUGACCCUCAUUGGCUGUUCUGCCCAGCCUCCACCAAUCAGGGUGAUGGGUGGGCGGAGCUUCGGGUGUCAUAUGGCUCUCUGGUCAGCGCUCUGAUUGGUUUUGCAGCUCUACCGCUCUGUGAGGACGACUGCGGCUCGCUGCCCGCUGCGGCCUAUCAGAGCGUCCCGAGCCGAGCUGCACCGGUGUGCUCCGCCCUCACAGCGCUACUGGGAACUCUGGGAAAUGGAGCUGGUCACACUGGUCUGCUGAUGACUGCUGGGCCUCCUGUGUGUGUGUUUGCUGUCACACACUUCCAGGACCAGGUGUGGACCAGCUCCUCCUCCAGAGCAGCUGCUAAGAGUCUGCAGGAGGCGCUGCUGAGGGCGGGUGGCUGGAGAGACUCCGCCCACCUGCUGAUGGGGGAUGGGAGUCAGGAGAAGAGAGGAAUUCUGGGAGGAAUCCUGGACAUCCUGCAGCCUCAACUGACCAAGGACUCUUGGCAGCGUUGUGAAGCAGUGAAGUUAGUGUUUGCGUGGACUCUCCUGCAGGUCACUCUGCCCUCCCUCUCUCCUCACCUGCCCCACCUGCUCCCCCCCUCCCUCCUUCUCAACGACCACCACAGACCUGAGAACUGCAUGCUGGGAGUUCGCUGUCUGCACCACAUUGUACUCAACACGCCUGCUGCAGAUCUCCGUCAGUUCAACACAGCAGAAGUUCUCUAUCAGGCACUGUUCAAACACCUGUACACCACUGAGGCUGCUGUCAUACAGGUGGUCCUGCCCUGUCUCUUGGACCUGCUCCUGGUUUUGGAGACACCCCCCUCCUCGCUCAGCCCCUCCUCCUCCCGCAGGAAACCCAGUCACCAUGACGACGUGCUGCGUCUGGUCCUGACGCACAUGGAGGCGGAGCACAAGGUGGCGCUGCGACACGUCUACGCCUCCGCCCUGCCUCCAUACAUCGACCGGAUGGGCGUGGCCAUAUGCAGACACCUGCGUCGAGUGGAGCGUGUGGUGCUGGGCUACCUGGAGGUCAGAGAUCCACCUGAGGAGACGAGUCGACUGAAGAUCCUGGAGGUGCUGCAGAAAACCAUCAGAGCUGCCUGGCCACGGAUGCAGUGUCGUGUGGACGUGUUGCUGCGUUGCCUGUUGAAGUUGCUGCUCGAUGUGUGUUCGGACUCUCAGCUCACUGACCCGGUCAGACAGAAGCUGACGGGUCAGACGGUUCUGUGUAUUGGACUGCUGGACGGCUGCUCGGAUGGAGGCCUGCAAUCUCUCCUCCAGCAGCUCGACAGCAGCUGUUGCAGCUCUGAGAUGCUCCGUUGCCUAGCGACAGUAACUAUGAUGACAGACAGGUGAUGCAGCACACCUGGAACACCUGGAGGAGAGUCUGAGAGACGAGAUCAGAGAGUCCAGCUGGUCUAGUCUGUGUUUCAGUCCCAGUAACGUCUCUUCGGUCUCCAGUCGUCUCUCCGUCAGAGUUUCCUGCUGAGUCCACAAACUGCAGCGCAGACGGGCCUGGAGGACCAAACGGACACUCGGUCAGGACUCUGUGUUCUGUCUCCUACUGUCCAACACAGACACAGAUCUGGAAGGUGUUUAGCCUAGCUUAGCACAAAGACUGACAAAGCAGAGGGAACGUGCUAGCCUAGCAUCUGUCAGCACUGAUUCAUGUGUUGAAUAAUUCAUCAUUUUCUGAGACAGUUUGGACGUCACGUCUCUGGUGUUGGCUAACAGGUUGUUAGCGAACACGAUGAGACAGGUUGAGUUGUUGGAGGAUUUUGUCUUUUUUAAUGAAGCUAAGCUAACAGUUUCCGCUGCUUCUAAACAUGUGACAACAUGAUAUCAGUCUUCACUGUGUGUAACUAAGUAUAAAUGUGAGCUGUGGAAACAAAGUGGUGAUAAAACUCAGACUGGAUCAACAAUCCUGUGAAAAAUCAUCCUGUUUGUCAUCUGAAGACUCAUGCUGUGUGUUCGUUCACCUUCAGUCGGUCUUCUUCUUGCCUCAGUUUUUCUCUCUGCAGCUCCACCGUCCACUUUUCCUCCUGACAACACACACAGUAAAAUCUAUCAGUGAAUAAAAACACACUUUCAUUUAAACAACUGACUGUAGAAAUGAAUGUAAACUUCAUGUGUGAAUGUAAUUUAUGUUUAUCUGGGGUUAAUCUGAUCUCAGACCAGCUGUAGACAAGUAGAAAGACUCUUCCUCCUCUUCUUCCUCCCUGCUGUCUGCCUACACACACACGUUGAAUAAAUGACAACAGGCUUA